UCCCAUUCGAGCCAGCCAGCUUCCUCGCCUUCGCCGCAGCGACGUGCGCGUGCGUCGGUCGCCUCCCUCCCUAGCUGUGUGCCUGCGCGCGGCGUCGGCGACGGGGAUGGAGAUGGAGAUGGAGGACACCGCGGUCCCGGCGCUCGCGGUGGUGGACGCGCGGUUCUGCGCGGCGGACGCGGCGUCGCUGGCCGUGGCCAAGGCGCUGAGCAUGUCCGGGAGCGACUUCGCCGUCACGGACGCGGCCACGGGCGCGCUCGUCCUGCGCGUCGACGGGGUGCUCUUCAGCCUCCGCCGCCGCUGCGUCCUCGUCGACGCCGACCGCCGGCCCGUCCUUACCGUCCAGGAAUCGGCGCUGAUGCUGAGCACGCGGUGGAAGGUGUUCCGGGGCGACAGCACCAACCGCCGGGACCUGCUCUUCACCGUGGUGAAGCCGUCCGUGAUCCAGCUGCGGGGGCCGACCAAGGUCAACGUCUUCCUCGCCAGCAACGACGCCGAGCAGGCCUGCGACUUCAGGAUCACCGGCAGCUACCACGACGGCGCCUGCGCCGUCUCGCUCGGCGACUCCGACACCGUCAUCGCCAAGAUCGACCGGCGGUUCAGCGUGGUGAGCGCGCUGCUGGGGAAGAACACGUACAGCGUCACCGUCAACCCGGGCAUCGACUACGCCUUCAUCGUCGCGCUCGUCGUCAUCCUCGACGAGAUGCAUUACCAGAGAUGACACACGCUUCAGUUUCAGUUUCGCUGCUCCCCUUUGUGUCUUCCUGAUGAGAUCGGUCUCUGCAAUUUUGAGCCCAUUAUCGGUGUUCAGUAUUCUGCUGCCCCAUUUAGGGGGUUCUUGCAAGCUGUGAUUGGUUCAUGUCUUUGCCCUUCUGAAGGUUGUGGUGUAUUGUCACAACGAUAAGUGAAAAAUUAAGAUUGAAAUUCACGUUGAGAUGAGGUUAGCAAGCAAUUGACACCACA